CAUAAAUUAGUCUCGGAUGUUCUCGCGUAGUCUCGCGAGAAUCGUUCUUUUGCUUACCAUCAAUCCAACAUGUCGGUUCUCAAGCAUCGCAAGAAGACGAGGAAGCUUCGUGGGCAUGUCAGCCACGGUCACGGCCGUAUUGGCAAGCACCGAAAGCAUCCGGGAGGUCGUGGAAAUGCUGGUGGACAACAUCACCACAGAAUCAACUACGAUAAAUACCAUCCUGGUUACUUUGGAAAAGUUGGUAUGAGACACUUCCACAUGACGAGGAAUAAGUAUUUCAAGCCAGCUAUCAACGUUGACAAGGUGUGGUCGCUAGUCACCGAAGAGACCAGAACUUACUACGCCAAGAACACUGAAAAGGCUCCGGUUAUCGACUGCGUCCAAGCUGGUUACUACAAAGUCUUGGGCAAAGGUCUCCUCCCCAAACAGCCAGUUAUCGUCAAAGCCAAGUUCUUCAGUCGCCUAGCUGAGGAAAAGAUCAAGAAGGCCGGAGGAUGUUGUGUCCUCGUUGCCUAGACGAUCCAUGACUAGAUAAGAAGACAUCCACAGGCACCAGGAACUCACGAGUAUCAGCGGGGACUAGAUACCUUUCCCGCCAGAACAAUAACCAUGGGAUAGAAAGCUACGAUGGCGCAUGUGAAAGUUAGCAACAGUGGAUGAUCAAAGGCAGGUGACGUCAUGGAUGCAAAGCUAACUCAGAUGCAAUAAUUUUUUUGGAAAAUUGUAGCUAAUCCAUUAGCAUCUUUUUUUAGUACUACGUCCAUAGUGAACCGUAAAAGAAAAUACCUUAAUGAUUUGUCCAGAAAGCACGAAUCAAUACACAUGCUGAAAGUGUGUUGUGUUCUUUGUCGCGUGCGUCGCUUUUUUUUUGUUUUCAGCCUCUUAAUUCUAGUGUCUAAAAUGCUGGAUGUUUUCUUGCUUCCUGUCACAAUUGUAAAAGAGAGUUGGUACGAAGAGGGUUUCACACAGUUGGAGAAAAUAAAGUAAUUAUGUACACAAAUGAA